GGCCAACCCAAUAAAUAGGUCAUUUUUCAUUAUUGUUAUUUAUACAUUUGUAAAAAUAUUUCUGCGUCGUGUAACCCUAUUAUUAAUACUUCUUGUAGAUAAUAAUUACAAACUGUCGAAAUAUGAAUUAUCCACGGGGAGGUUUCUGCCGGGGACAGACCUAACGGAACAGAGGAUAACAGAAGGGGGUUGCGAUGCGUGCACAUCGUCCUGUCUCUGCAUCGUGGGCGGGAAUGGACGCAGUUCGCCCAGUCGCCUUGGUACAGGUACCUCCAUUGAUCGAAUCGGGGGAGGCAGCGACCGCCCGUUACGGUAAACCAGCAUGCAGGAGAGAGGGGCUCAACACGAAAGCCGAAGAUCCAAGAGAGGCUCGCGAGCGAACAAAACCAUCGAGGACUUGCCAUCGGCUACAUCGUUGUCAGUGGAAGUAUCUGCCUGGCCGAUCAAUAAUCUCCUGGGAAUAUCCGUUCCCCUAUCGGGCCUGCCGCGUUACCCAGGUGGCCAGCUACCCCGUUGACGGUGGUGGUAACAGCAGCACAGCACCCAGCGCUAGUAUCAGCGACCAGCAGCGCAGCCAGCACCUGCCGCCUUCCCCGUGUCAGGUUUGCACGGUGUCCAUUCGUUUCAGUUCCCCGAAUUCACACUCGACUCCAAACGCAUCUGUUCGAUGCGAAUGUUUUCUUUCGCUUGAAACAGUUGCGGGGUAUAUAGGCAAUAUUGGAGCAGAAUAAUAUAUGCCGCACACAUACGAGCACAAGUAUUGAACGUGAGUGCGCAAGAGUCUCCUUGAAAAGUAUAGCGAUGGUCGUGGUCGGGCUGCAGCCUCUGCAGUCCUCUUGAAAAAUAGUAACAGGUCAUCGCGGUAGCAAUGAUGUGGACGUAUUUCAGUGGACAAUUUAAAAGACUCCGGAUAAUACACGGAGGUUACGGAUAUAGACUCGGUGCAAACACGAGACCAUGGAGUUCCGGGAGGGCGGAGGCGUUCGCAUCAAAUAUUCAAGAGAAUUGAUUCCGACGAAUGCAGCCAGCAGCAGCAGCAGACACGAUCUACACUGCCACGACCGCUGCAGCAAUAUCCAUGGGACCGUGAAAUCCUCCUCGAUCUCUAUUCGCAUUAAAAACCGAGUUAAAAAAAUUUUUUUAAUUAAUUUCAACAUCGCCAUUCACUGAAAAUGCUUCCGAAUCAUUUCAAAUAAUUCUCUCAAAUGCUUUUCUUAAUUUUUAUAUUAAUUAUUAGCGCUGACUUAAAUACCUCCUUGAAAAAUUUCUUUCUUACGAUAAUAUUAAUUAAUAUACACUAAAUAAAAA